CUCUCUCUCUCUCUCUCUCUCUCUCUCUCUCUCUCAAGCACACACAUUUUCUGAUACAGUUAACAGUUGAUUUUGUUGCACAGAAUCUUGCCUUAUUCCUGCAAUCAAAAGAAUGGCGGCCAAAAGGUUUUUCGAUGAAUCUAGCCCUAACCCAGAUCAACCAAACCAGAAACGGUCCAGAACUAGACCUUCUUUUGCUUCAGUUAUCAGGGAAGUGGUUACGUUGAAUUUCCUAGAGAACUUAUGUUCAGCGCUGGAGCCAAUGCUACGAAGAGUGGUAAAAGAAGAGGUGGAACAUGUACUUAGACGCAGUUCACGAUCUUUGACUAGGUCUCCUUCUUUACGAAUCCAAUCACUUGAACCCUCAACGCUACAACUGGUAUUCAGUGGAAAACUUUUCCUCCCAAUCUUCACCGGAACCAAAAUUCUCGACACCGAAAACAACUUUCUUCAAAUCCUUCUUGCUGACACAAAAGGCGAUCCAAUUCUUCCGACAACUCUUUCGUUUCCGAUCAAAGUUGAAGUUGUUGUUUUAGACGGGGACUUCCCUCCCGGAGAUCGUCAGACAUGGACCCGUGAUGAAUUUGAUCGGAAUAUUGUGAAGGAAAGGGCCGGAAAGCGGCCUUUGCUUACCGGAAACUUGAAUGUUACCAUGAGAGACGAGUCUGCUCCGGUUGGGGACAUCGAAUUUACGGACAAUUCGAGCUGGAUUCGGAGUAGGAGAUUUAGGCUUGGUGCAAGAGUGGUUCCAGGGACCAGUAAUGGAAUUAUUAUACGAGAAGCCAUGACUGAAUCUUUUAUUGUCAAAGACCACCGUGGAGAAUUAUACAAAAAACAUCAUCCACCCAUUCUGGAAGAUGAGGUGUGGCGUCUUGAGAAGAUUGGGAAAGAUGGAGCUUUUCACAAGAAGCUAGCUUCUGAGGGCAUUGAAACUGUGCAAGAUUUCUUGAAGCUCUCCAUUGUUGACCAAUGCAAGCUCAGAAAGAUCUUAGGACCAGGAAUGUCAGAAAGGAUGUGGGAAGUAACUUUAAAACAUGCAAGGACUUGUGUUUUAGGCAGCAAACUAUAUAUAUCCCGUGGACCCAAUUUCUUUGUGAUCCUGAAUCCUAUAUGCCAAGUCGUCAAGGCUUUGAUUGAUGGACAGCUGUUCCCUACAGAUCGUGACCUAACAAACAUAAAUAGGGCAUAUAUUGAAUCAUUGGUUAAAGAAGCAUAUGAAAAAUGGAAUUCCUUAGAAGAAGUUGAUGGACCUUCGACUGAGACAGGACUCCUAAGUCAAGGUGAGGUGGUGGAUCAAUAUCCCAAUCAACUUCACAGCACAAUGACAAAACCGUAUCAGCAGCAUACAUUUCUAACUGAUGGAGCCAUUGAAGGGGGCACAGUGUCAGGCAAUGGACAAGUAGAAUGUAGUGAUCAGUGGAUCAAUAAUGCCGCAUACGGUUGCAAUCCCGUUGAAAGUGGUGCUUGUUAUAACUUCUCGGAGUGUUCCUCCGACGGUGAACUACCACCUCUAAGGUGUUUCAUCCACGAAAACUAAUGGUCUUUCUUGUACAUCAUGUUGAUUAUUGAUCUGGUGAAUUUGUGGCCGCCCCUUGUUAAAAUGUUGUGGCUUGGCACAACUUAGGAUUCUUCCAUUGCAAUGAAUAGUCGUUAUGUUUCUUACCUUUUCUUGUAUAGAGCCUGCCAAAAUUUCUAGCAAUGAAGCUCUAAUUUGAUGUGUAUUUGCUUUGCAGAUUUUGAUUAUUUGAUUCCUAAUGUGAAAAAGCUUGU